GCAGAACUGUCAAGACAAUAACUUUUGUGUCCGUUUCUCUUUAUUACUACAGGACGACUCAGAUCAAGUCUGAGGCCGGUAACAUCAACAGUGAGGACAAACCCAGCCUGCCACUCUCCUUCCACACCGAGUCCAAACCUACAGUCACUGGGUCCUGAUUGUGACAGUGGAGCCCAGUUUGCACUGCAGGAUCCAGAGAUGGCAGCAGUGAAGCUGGAAGACUGCAGUCAAACACUGGAGCUGAAUGUCAACAUUAAAGAUGAAGAAGAGGAGGAGAAGAUUGGGAAAUGUGUUUAUCAUGGCCGACUCAGGUCAAGUCUGAGGCCAGAAACAUCAACAGUGAGGACAAACCCAGCCUGCCACUCUCCUUCCACACUGAGUCCAAACCUACAGUCACUGGGUCCUGAUUGUGACAGUGGACCCCAGUUUGCACUGCAGGAUCCAGAGAUGGCAUCAGUGAAGCUGGAAGACUGCAGUCAAACACUGGAGUUGAAUGUCAACAUUAAAGAUGAAGAAGAGGAGGAGAAGAUUGGCACAUCUGUUUAUGAUGACCGACUCAGAUUAAGUCUGAGGCCGGUAACAUCAACAGUGAGGACAAACCCAGCCUGCCUCUCUCCUUCCACACUGAGUCAAAACCUACAGUCACUGGGUCCUGAUUGUGACAGUGGAGCCCAGUUUGCUCUGCAGGAUCCAGAGAUGGCAUCAGUGAAACUGGAAGACUGCAGUCAAACACUGGAGCUGAAUGUCAACAUUAAAGAUGAAGAAGAGGAGGAGAAGAUUGGGAAAUCUGUUAGUCAUGGCCGACUCAGAUCAAGUCUGAGGUUUGUAACAUCAACAGUGAGGACAAACCCAGCCUGCCUCUCUCCUUCCACACUGAGUCCAAACCUACAGUCACUGGGUCCUGAUUGUGACAGUGGAGCCCAGUUUGCACUGCAGGAUCCAGAGAUGGCAUCAGUGAAGCUGGAAGACUGCAGUCAAACACUGGAGCUGAAUGUCAACAUUAAAGAUGAAGAAGAGGAGGAGAAGAUUGGUAAAUCUGUUAAUCAUGGAGACCAUGUUGAGACAUUCUCUACAUCCAGAGAGCAACAGCAGGAAGAUCACAGAGUUAAGAGGUCUCACCACUGCCCACAUUGUGAGGAGAUUUUCCCAAUUCUAUCAAAGCUAAAAAUACACCUAAAAAUGCAAAGAGGAGAGAAUCUGUAUUCCUGCACUGACUGUGAGAAGAGCUUCACAACAUCAAGGGCUCUGACAGUUCAUCAGAGAGAGCACACUGGAGAAAAGUCUUACUCUUGCACUGACUGUGGGAAAUGCUUCAAUAGAUCAUCUAAAUUAACCAUUCAUCAGAGAGUGCACACAGGAGAGAAGCCUUACUCCUGCUCGGACUGUGGAUCGAGUUUCUCCCAAUAUGGCCACUUAAAAUCACACCAACGUAUACACACCGGAGAGAAGCCAUACUUCUGCGCUGACUGUGGGAAUAGCUUCACAACAUCGAGGGCACUGACAAUUCAUCAGAGAGUGCACACUGGAGAGAAGCCUUAUUUCUGCUCUGAUUGUGGAAAGAGUUUCUCCCGAUUGGACACCUUAAAAAAUCACCAGUUAAUACAUCAAGGACAGAAGCCGUACUCCUGCUCUGACUGUGGGAAAUGCUUCAUUAAAUCAGCUAAAUUAACCAUUCAUCAGAGAGUGCACACUGGAGAGAAGCCUUAUUUCUGCUCUGACUGUGGAGAGAGUUUCUCCCGAUUGGAUGCCUUAAAAAGUCACCAACUAAUACACAAAGGACAGAAACCUUACGUCUGCUCUGACUGUGGGAAGAGUUUCUCUCAACUGGGCAACUUAAAAACCCACCAACGUAUACACUCAGGAGAGAAGCCAUUCUCCUGUUCUGACUGUGGGAAGGUAUUCUCAGUAUCUGGCAACCUAAAAACUCACCAACGUAUACAUAAAGGAGAGAAGCCAUUCUCCUGCUCUGAUUGUGGGAAGAGUUUCUCCAUGUCAGGCAACUUAAAAACCCACCUACGUAUCCAUAAAGGAGAGAAGCCUUACUCCUGUUCUGACUGUGGGAAAUGCUUCAAAACAUCAGCAGAGGUAAAUGUUCAUUGGAGAACACACACAGGAGAGAAGCCUUACCACUGUGACUGUGGGAAAAGUUUCUCCAGGUUGAAUACCUUAAAAACCCACCAACGUAUACACACAGGCGAAAAGCCAUUCUCCUGCUCUGUCUGUGGGAAGAGUUUCUCUGUAUCAUGCAACCUAAAAACCCACCAACGUAUACACACAGGAGAGAAGCCAUUCUCCUGCUCUGACUGUGGGAAGAGUUUCUCCAUAUCGGGCAACCUAAAAACCCACCAUUGUAUACAUAAAGGAGAGAAGCCUUACUCCUGCUCUGCUCGUGAUAAAUGCUGUCUCAUUGUUCUAUCUGUGAUGUCGCUGUUGAACUGUGGUAGUGGAGGAACAGGAAGUAAAAACAAAACAAAGAAAGCCGCAGAACUGUGCUGUCGAAACGAUAGCUUUUGCAUUACUACAGGACUAGAAUUAAGUCUGAGGCCGGUAACAUCAACAGUGAGGACAAACCCAGCCCUCCUCUCUCCUUCCACACUGAGUCCAAACCUACAGUCACUGGGUCCUGAUUGUGACAGUGGAGCCCAGUUUGCACUGCAGGAUCCAGAGAUGACAUCAGUGAAGCUGGAGGACUGCAGUCAAACACUGGAGCUGAAUGUCAACAUUAAAGAUGAAGAAGAGGAGGAGAAGAUUGGGAAAUCUGUUUCUCAUGGAGACCAUGUUGAGAUACUCUCUACAUCCAGAGAGCAACAGCCGGAAGAUCACAGAGCUAAGAGGUCUCACCACUGCCUACAUUGUGAGGAGAUUUUCCCAAUUCUAUCAAAGCUAAAAAUACACCUAAAAAUACACACUGGCGAGAAUCCGUAUUCCUGCUCUGACUGUGGGAAGACUUUCUCCCGAUUGGAUACCUUUAAAAUACAUGAACGUAUACAUACAGGAGAGAAUCCGUAUUCCUGUACUGACUGCGGGAAGAGCUUCACAACAUCAGGAACUCUGACAAUUCAUCAGAGAGUGCACACUGGAGAGAAGCCUUACUCCUGCUCUGACUGUGGGAAGAGGUUCUCUCAACAGAUCCAUUUACAAAAACACCAACAUAUUCAUACUGGAGAGAAGCCUUACUGCUGCUCUGACUGUGGGAAGAGUUUCACUCAACAGAACCACUUAAAAUGUCACCAGCGAAUACAUACAGGCGAGAAGCCUUACUCCUGCCCUGAAUGUGGGAAGAGUUUCAUCCGAUUGGAUAUUUUAAAAUGCCACCAGCGAAUACAUACAGGAGAGAAGCCUUAUUGCUGCUCUGAGUGUGGGAAGAGUUUCUCCCAACUGGGUAACUUAAAAACACACCAACUUAUACAUAAAGGAGAAAAGCCUUACUCCUGCUCUGACUGUGGGAAGUGCUUCACAACAUCAACUGAUGUAAAAGUUCAUAAAAGAGCACACACAGGAGAGAAGCCUUACUACUGCUCUGACUGUGGGAAGAGUUUCUCCAGAUUGUAUACCUUAACAACACACCAACAUAUACAUAAAGGAGAGAAGCCUCAUCAGUUCUCUCAGACCAGCUGGGGGACAGGAAGUUCCGGUAGGUGCCCACCAUUCUUCGGAAUAAAGAAAACGCCAGAACUGUGCUGUCCGUUUAUCGUUGUUUCUACAGGCCGACCAGAAUUAAGUCUGAGGCUGGUAACAUCAACAGUGGGGACAGACCCACCCUGUCUCUCUCCUUCCACACCGAGUCCAAACCUUCAGUCACUGGGUCCUGAUUGUGACAGUGGAGCCCAGUUUGCACUGCAGGAUCCAGAGAUGGCAUCAGUGAAGCUGGAAGACUGCAGUCAAACACUGGAGCCGAAUGUCAACAUUAAAGAUGAAGAAGAGGAGGAGAAGAUUGGGACAUCUGUUACUCAUGGAGACCAUGUUGAGACAUUCUCUACAUCCAGAGAGCAACAGCAGGAAAAUCACAGAGCUAAGAGGUCUCAUCCCUGCCCACAUUGUGAGGAGAUUUUCCCAUUUCUAUCAAAACUAAAAAUACACUUAAAAAUACACACAGGAGAUAAUCUGUAUUCCUGCACUGACUGUGGGAAGAGUUUAAAAACAUCACAGGCUCUGACAGUUCAUCAGAGAGUGCACACUGGAGAGAAACCUUACUCCUGCUCUGAUUGUGGGGAGCGUUUCUCUCAUCAGAGCAACUUAAAAACACACCAACGUAUACACACAGGGGAGAAGCCUUACUACUGCUCUGACUGUGGAAAAUGUUUCACAACGUCAACUGGGCUAAGAGUUCAUCAGAGAACACACACAGGAGAGAAGCCUUACUUCUGUUCUGACUGUGGGAGGAGUUUCAUAACAUCAAGGACUCUGACAGUUCAUCAGAAAAUGCACACUGGAGAGAAACCUUACUACUGCUCUGAUUGUGGGGAGAGUUUCUCUCAACAGAGCAAUUUUAAAACACACCAACGUACACACACAGGAGAUAAGCCUUACUACUGCUCUGACUGUGGGAAGGGUUUCUCUCAACAGAUCCACUUAAAAUGUCACCAGCGAAUACACACAGGAGAGAAGCCUUACUCCUGCUCUGACUGUGGGAAGGGUUUCUCCCAACAGAGCAACUUAAAAUGUCACCAACGCAUACAUAAAGGAGAGAAGCCUUACUCCUGCUCUGACUGUGGGAAGUGCUUCACAACAUCAACUGAGCUAAAAGUUCAUCAAAGAGGACACACGGGAGAGAAGCCUUACUCCUGCUCUGACUGUGGGAAGAGUUUCUCCCAACAGGGCAGCUUAAAAAUACACCAACGUAUACAUAAAGGGGAGAAGCCUUACUCCUGCUCUGACUGUGGGAAGUGCUUCACAACAUCAACUGAGCUAAAAAUUCAUCAAAGAAGACACACAGGAGAGAAGCCUUACUCCUGCUCUGACUGUCAGAAGAGUUUCUCCCAAUUGGCUACCUUAAAAACACAUCAACGUAUACAUAAAGGCAAGAAGCCUCAUCAGUUGUCUCAGGCCAGUUAAGAUUAGUCACUCCAUCGCUUCAUUCUCAUCUCGUAAAGGAAGUGGUAACAGGGAAUUUGAUAACAUUAAGACGAACACUAUUGUAAUCCUAUUGUUUCUCAUUGACAACUGUGCAGAGGGGGUGGUGCUGGAGAUGAAUAUUGAAUAUGAAGUUUAAACAUUUUCUUUUUAAGGCAAAAACAAAAGGAGGGUGGUUGGUUGGUCGGGGUGGAUGGGUCAGCAUAUAACAUGGACGUAUUGCAACCCCAAGGUUUCAUGUUCGAAUCUCAUCAUAGACAACUUUUGCAUUUUAGCUAAUAAGCAACUUUGCAACUACACUACAUGACCAAAAGUAUGUGGACACCUGCUCGUCGAACAUCUCAUUACAAAAUCAUGGGCAUUAAUAUGGACUUGGUUCCCCCCCCUCUGCUGCUAUAACA